ACCAAAUAAGACCAGACUUGCAUAUGCUCCUCAAAAGUACAGGCUUUCCACCUAUUUUCCUUCAGAGUAAUCUUUCAUCACCAUUUUGCUGUUUUGUUUGGAUCUUAUUUACCAGCGAGGACUUGCUUCUUCAUAAUGUCUUUAGUUGACAUGUGCACAGGUGUGAUGGUGUUCCAGCCCGGAUCACGUGAAAAGUGAAGUUCUUCUCAUGAACCGCGUGGAUGAAAUGUCUCCCAGCUGCAAAGAUGACAGAUUUUGUACCCCGAGAUAACAUUUUGACAUUUUCGCUCAUCUGUCUCCCAACAUGGAACGGAACCACCUUUUCUCCGUGUGGACGGGUUCCCUCUGGUCUCUGCUCUUCUGCCAAGCAGUGGCUUGCUAUGAUAACUUCCACUCGCACGCCGAGGAUGAGCUCUUCAAGACGCUGUUUGCUGGCUACAACAAGUGGUCCAGACCAGUGCCCAACAUCUCAGAUGUGGUCAUCGUCAAGUUUGGACUGUCCAUUGCUCAGCUCAUUGACGUGGAUGAGAAGAACCAAAUGAUGACGACCAACGUGUGGCUCAAGCAGGAGUGGAAUGACUACAAACUACGCUGGAGGCCAUCCGAUUACGACAACGUGACGUCCAUCAGAGUGCCGUCUGAACUCAUCUGGGUCCCAGACAUUGUUCUCUACAAUAAUGCUGACGGGGAGUUUGCGGUCACCCACAUGACGAAGGCUCACCUGUUCCACACGGGCAAAGUGCGCUGGGUGCCGCCCGCCAUCUACAAGAGUUCGUGCAGCAUCGAUGUCACUUUUUUCCCCUUCGACCAGCAGAACUGCAAGAUGAAGUUCGGCUCGUGGACAUACGACAAGGCCAAGAUUGACCUGGAGCGCAUAGAAAACACGGUGGACCUGAACAACUACUGGGAGAGCGGCGAGUGGGCCAUCAUCAACGCGGUUGGCACGUACAACACCAAGAAGUACGACUGUUGCCACGAGAUCUACCCGGACAUCACCUACUUCUUCAUCAUCCGGAGGCUGCCGCUCUUCUACACCAUCAACCUCAUCAUCCCCUGCCUGCUCAUCUCCUGCCUCACCGUGCUGGUCUUCUACCUGCCGUCCGACUGCGGCGAGAAGAUCACGCUCUGCAUCUCCGUCCUGCUCUCCCUCACCGUCUUCCUACUGCUCAUCACCGAGAUCAUCCCGUCCACGUCGCUGGUCAUCCCGCUCAUCGGCGAGUACCUCCUUUUCACCAUGAUCUUCGUCACCCUGUCCAUCGUCAUCACCGUCUUCGUCCUCAACGUCCACCACCGCUCCCCGAACACCCACAAGAUGCCUCGCUGGGUCCACGCCGUCUUUCUGGAUUUCAUCCCGCGCUGGCUGUUCAUGCGGCGCCCGCCCCCCAACGCCCGUCGUCGCAGGCUGCUGCUGGAACGGCAGCGAGGUCGGGCCAAGUCGGGCGUCCUCAGCACCUCGGCCAGCUGGACCCAAGACGGUAAAACCUCGGUGGACCACCACCAGGAUUCCUUCGAGGAUGUGGAGCUGGGGACGCUGACGUCCUAUUUCUCCUUUCGCCCGCCGUCUCCGAGAGUUCCUGGGUCGACGCCUUCGCCUCAGCAAAAGGCGCCGCAGAAGAGCAGGCAGCAGACAGGAAGCAGGGGCGUGGCCAACCAUCAGACGCCAAACGAUGACCUUCCUGUGGCGCACUUCCUGCUCUCACCGAGCAUCAUCCGCGCUCUGGAAGGAGUGCAUUACAUCGCUGACCACCUGAGGGCCGAGGACGCCGACUUUAGUGUGAAGGAGGACUGGAAGUAUGUUGCCAUGGUGAUUGACCGUAUCUUUUUGUGGAUGUUCAUCAUUGUUUGCCUGCUGGGGACCAUCGGCCUCUUCCUGCCUCCUUGGCUAGCAGACAUGAUUUAAAAUAUGCAUCAAAGUCUCAUGUUUUAUAUUUCAAAUGUAGCCAAACUCAAUUGAGGUUGUGCUAACUGCGGUACCAAAAAGUCACUUUAAUGACUGCAUAUUUUUGAUUAGUAUUUCAUCUACUUUCAGAACAUUCCCCACUUAAAAUUGUACUGUUGCUAAAAUUAACAGUGUUAGCUUUCUGGCUAAAAGUUAGCAUUGCUAGCAUGCUGGCACCUGGCUAACAUUAGGUUUUCCUUAACGCCCACGAAAUGACUUUAAUUAGUGCAUAUUUUUAUUUAGUAGUCCAUCUACUUUCAAAUCAUUCUCCAAUUCAAUGUUUGUUAACUAAAUUGUACUAAUGAUAAACAUCAGCAUUGUUAGCAUUAUGGCUCCUGGCAAACAUUAGCAUUUCUUUAUUACCAUUAAGUCACUUUUAUUGUUGCGUUCUGUGUUUUUGUUUGGUAUUUUCACUUACUUUCAGCUCCUGCUUCACUUCAAUUGGUAUGUUACCAAUUUGUAUGAAUGCUAAUAUUAGUAUUGUUAGCUUUCUGGCACGUGGCUAACAUUAGCGUUCCUGGUUAUCAGCAUGGUUACAGAAAAACAACAGUGUAGCACCUAUGCUAGAUGUUGACUCUUAAAUGUUAAAAUGCUCAUGUUUAGCGUAUGUUUUCCUGGCUUUCACACUAGUUAAACAAUGCAUCCUAUAUUUGUUUAUGGUUACAUUUUACACUAUACCGGACAGUUUGGACCAUAAACAACAAAAAAUAAAUUAUUUUAUUUUAGUAAUCAGUUUACUAUGAAUAGUGACAGCCUUUACUUUAAAAAAAAAUAAAAAUACAUAUUUUCCGGACUAUAGGGCGCACCGGAUUAUAAGGCGCACUACCAAUGAGUGGGUCUAUUCCGGUCUAUUUUCAUACAAAAGGUUCACCGGAUUACAGGGCGCAUUAAAAGGGUCAUAUUAUUUUUAUUUUUGUAAAUGUAAAAUACUUCCUUAUAUUUUACAUAACAUGUAAUGGUGAUUAUUUGGUCAAAAUGUUGCAUAGAUUAUGUUUUACAGAUCAUCUUCAAGCCGCUUUCUGACAGUCGCUUCAGGAUGCGCCGUUUUGUGGGCAGACUUAUUUACGUGGCUCACCUUCGGCGGCUUCUUUUCUCCGUCAUCUUUGUUGUAGCGGUGUAGCGUGCAAGGACGGGAGUGGAAGAAGUGUCAAAAGAUGGAGCUAACUGUUUUAAAUUCUCACUGUAAAUCAAUAACAGAGCAGCAUCUCCUCAUCCGUGGCUCACGAGUUCAACAACAACGCCGGAAAUGUGUUCUGUGAAAAAACGUCCGGUAUGUUUUAGCGUUUUUAUGGCAAGUUUGCUGACACACAUAAGUAAGAACUUUACAUUACUUUAUAUUAGAAAUGGCAACAGCGGAGGAUAAAUGUCCCAUAACAAGAAGAUAGUGAAAAAGAAGAAGCUUAUCGACUACGGUGUUGCCACGGACUGCAAAGGUGGACGCUCGCAAAUUUUCUGGACUAAUGCAGAUACCAAACACAGAUCAGCGGGUGCCAGAAGGUAAGCAAAGCUGAUUUUGCAUAAUAUUGUGAAACAAAACACCAGAUAAUAUGUCUUACCUUAUACACACACCAUAAUAAUACAAGUAUGUAGUAGCACAGUACAAUCCAUCAAGCGGUGCGGCUUCAUAGCUUACCAAAGUCGUACUAAAAUGAUAUUUGAGCGGCGUGUGUAAUGUUGUAUACGUCACAUCUGGGUCGCAUGUUUAUGCGUGGGUCAUUCUCCCAGGAUGCAAAUGGAAACUCCGGAGAGAAGGUGCAGGUAAGACAGUGAUAUAUUCUCAGAAAUCAAUCAGGAACAAACAAACAAAGUAAGUGUGCCGAUAGCACGGAGAGCUAAGGCAAAACUUAGCACAGAAUGCAAAACCAAAAGCCUGGCUCAAAAACGUAACUGUUGCAUGAAGCAAAUAAGACAGCCAGACCGAGUGUAGCGAAAGGCAGGAAUAACUGAGGGAGUCUUAUACUAAAAAAAAAAAAACAUGAUUUGGGCAACAGAUCGUCACAGUAUAUUUUCAAUGGAACAUAUACAAUUUUGGUGUUAUUUACUUGAGUCACAUUGCAUUCUACACAUAUCUCUAAUGUGUGACUGUCAUCUGCUGGUCACACUUAUUAGACCAUGUACCAAAUAAAAUAGCCUCGAGGUCGGUAAGCAAAACCAAAAAUAUUCCGUACAUUAUUUUGAGAAAAUUAAAGGAUUUUAGGUGCGCUUUAUAGUCCGAAAAAUGUGGUAGGUAAUUUUUUUUUUUCCAUGUAUUGCGUAACAUGUCACAAUGUUUUUUAUCAUGCAGUAACAGGAGGGUUUUAGGAAUACUUGUACAUUUUCUUACUGAAUAUUUAGCGCAUAAGCUCAUUUCAGAAGAAUUCCAUCAAUGAUAUCAAUUAAAACACCUGUCUUUAACCCCU